CUCCCUGUACCGCCAACACUCGCGUCCUUCCUUUAUAAUUCCAAGACCCCUAUUGUUUUGAGUUGACAACAUCGUUCUUAUUCUCCGAUAUUUUCACUGCCUCUAACUCACAACAUGAGGAAAAAAUGAGAGGGAGAGAUAGAGAGGAAGAAAAAAAGGACUACAUAGAUCAAUAGUCAGAAAAUAUCGUGAAGAUUUUCCCUGAGCGUCUUGGCGAGCGGGAUAAAAAGUGUUGUGGCGCGAGUAAGAUUAGGGCGGUAAUCCCCCACCAGAUGGCGCCAGGAUGGGGCUUGUGGUGGCUGGUGCUCAGUACAAUAAUGUCAGCCAAGAUGCCGCUGAACAACAACUUCUGGUCGCAGCCCUUCUUUCCCCUUGACUGGUCAUGUAAUAUGGAGCCUCAAGAAAAUCAAAGAACAUCCACACGCGGGGCGGAGCUUCCUGCCACUUCCUGCUCCCAUUGGUCGCCACGCUCCCCGCCCCGCUGUCAUUGGCCGCCGCUUCCGCCACCUCACAGGAUCGACACCCUACUAAUCUGUGCAGAAAAAUUAGACCUUAAUUUAUCCCUUAUCUCGCGGAAGGCAGGAGCGGCGGUAGGUGCUGGUAGUGUGUGGUGCUGCCUUUGUCGUGCCCCGGCCUGGACCUUGCCUCGUGCCCGCCACAGCCACGCCACAGCCUCUCUUCUCUGCUGCUCCGCCGUCCUCGCCGCAGCCCUCUCCCCGCCAUUGCCUCGACAUCCAGGGCGGACUAGGCUUUCCCCGCCACGCGCCAGCACUAAGGAGACUGCGAUACGAGGGCUGCAGGAGACCGGCCCAAUCCAGCAUGUACCAGCGAAGCUCCUGCGAGGAUCGCCUGACUAACGUCGUGGCGGAACACUGAAAGCUGCCCAGCCUUCCCAGCACCACCACAGCUCCUAGCGCUGACCUGCCGCCUCUUGGGUUAUGACUUCCACCGGCGCCCUGGAGCAUCCUGCCGCAGCCCCCGUGGAGGCAUCAGCACUAACCCCAGACCUCUGGCUCCGGGGCCCCACGGUGACCGGCACCAAUAUGACGGCUGCUGAGGCUGGAAGUUUGCACUCCUUCACGCAUCUCAAACCAGUACCGGACGACGUGGGGCAUGACACUUCGGUCCUGGUGGAGCGAGAGGAGCGGGGUGGCGCGGACAGCGUCCUGGCAGCGGCAGACGAGGCACGAGGAGGUGGCGGCGGUGGCGGCGGUGGCGGAGGUGGAGGAGGAGGUGGAACGGACGAGGACAGAAGAGUGAAAGGAAGCAACAGACGAGACUCUAAGGAAAACGACAGAAGAAUCAUCGCAGGAGGGAAUGAAGGAGGAGGAGGAGGAGGAGGAGGAGGUACUGGAGGAGGGCGAGGAGACAGCAGAUCGGGAGGUAAGAGAGGUGGAGGCAGUGGAGGGCACGGAGGAAUGAGGAAUCUAAGGCCGCACUCCACGCCGGCGACGCUGAUGUGGCUGGAGGAGAACUACGAGAUGGCGGAGGGCGUGUGCAUCCCCAGGAACACGCUGUACCUUCACUACGUGGACUUCUGCGACAAGAAGGCCCUUCAGCCUGUCAACGCCGCGAGCUUCGGGAAGAUCAUCCGUCAGCAGUUCCCGGGCCUCACCACGCGGCGGCUGGGCACGCGAGGCCAGAGUCGCUACCACUACUACGGCAUCGCGAUACGGGAGGGAUCCAUCUACUACGAGGUUCACUACAGCAAGAAGGGCAACACCAGCAAUGACAUCAAGAAGGAGGCGGAUAAACAGGUGGCGCUGUUUCCGGGACGUGGCAAGCUGUCCACGGUGCUGCCCGAGUUCCCGUCGCUCAAGGAUGUGCUCUUGCCUCCACACGUAGCGCCAGACAAGGUGGCUACAUUCAUCAUGAUGUACAGAACACACUGCCAGCGGAUCCUCGACACUGUCAUCCGCGCCAGCUUCGACGAGAUCCAGAGCUUCCUGGUGCACUUCUGGCAGGGGAUGCCGCCCCACCUGGUCACCAUCCUUGGCACCAACGUCCUGGUCAACUUGGUGGGCGUGUGUGACUCUAUCCUGUACCGCGCUGUUUGCAGCGUUCUCAUGCCCUCCGUGCUGCAGGCCAUCCCGGACAGUCUCACCCAGGUCAUUCGAAAGUUCACCCACGACCUUGACUCCUGGCUGCGGGUGGCCCUGGAUGACCUUCCUGACAACCUGCGGCAGGUCAAGAUAGACUUGGCCAGUCGGUUCUCUCGGAUGUUGCGCCGCCAGACCUCCCUGAACCAUCUGUGCCAGGCAUCCCGCAUGGUGCUACACUCGCCGGAGAUCACCCAACAGAUGCUGCAGGACUGGCGCCAGGUGGACCUCGAAGCAAUCUCCCACCAGACGCUCUACUCCAUGGACAAACACUCCACCAACGGCGUCACUGUGGAUCUCAUCAUGAGCCUGUACAACGAGUUCGAGCGGCUUCUGGAGGAGGGGGCGCCGCUGGAGGCCUACAGUGAAUGGCUGGAGGCGAUGGUGGAGCGAUGCGUGUUACUGGGCGCGCGCAAGAGCAAGGCGCCCGUGCACAAGGUGGCGCACGCUUUCCUCCUCACCUGGUCCUGCUUCGGCACUCGCGUCAUCAGAGACAUGACGCUGCACUCCGCCCCGAGCUUCGGGUCCUUCCACCUGCUACACCUCAUGUUUGAUGACUACGUGCUGUACCUGGUGGAGUCCCUGCACGCUGAGGAGAAGGCGAGGGAGUUGCUCAACAACAUCUCCACGGACUCCCCGCCAGACUGCUCUGAUCCUGGCUUUGGCGAUCCUGACAGCGAGGACAGCGCGCACGCCCUUUCCUUCCUCAUGGGUGGCGUGGGCGGCUCAGCGGGAGGAGGAUUGCCCGGCAUCACCUCGCCUACCACCCCUGGCGUGUCCCCCAACCCACACCCCGCCCACGACCUCCACCUAUCGCCCACGCCCACCACUGUGAUAGGUCUGGACGGCAGCCUGGUGGAGGACGACGGUAGCUUGGACUACAUGUCUGGCCUCUCCACCUCGUCCAGCGGAGGCCUCAACGCGCAGGGAGGGCCCGCCACGCCAGCCACCACCCCCGCCGCUGUGUCCGCCGCCGCCGCCUCCUCCCUGGCGAGCAGCGGCGGCACAGGAGGGGGUGGUGGCGGUGGUGGAGGCGGCGGCAGUGGAGUGGCAAGUGACUAUUACAGCUACGAUUACGACUCAAGGACCUACCGUCUGCCGUCCACUCUGGUUGGCAGGAACUACUUCUACCCGCCCACCUCUGUGCCGCUCAACCAGUACUACCAAGGUGGAGGCGUGGGCGGCGACCUCAGCGGGGCGGAGGACAGGCUCGGGGGUGGCGGUGGCGGCGGUGGUGGUGGUGGUGGUGGUGGUGUGCUGCACGUUGGUGGUGGCGGCGGAGGCGGGGGCAGCGGUGGAGGGGCAGCGGACCACCUCGGAUACGGCAGCUUACGGGGAGGUGAUGCCUAUGUGGACUGUUCCGGCGUGUACUGCCCCGACCAGUCCCUCCUCUACCCCUCCAACUACUACCAGGGAUACGACGCCUCCUACUACAGCACCAGAUUCAAAGCCAAGGACGUGGAAGGAUAAUAGCAGGCCGAGGUCCGCCACCCGCCCGUUCCCUGGCCGUGGUCGAGGCUUGGCUGGAAUGGGCGGCUGCGUCUUGUGACACGCCCAAUGCUCUGGCUGAGGAGCGAGUCGGUGAUCGGGUCAGUGCUGCGGCGGCAAUGAGAGGAGAUAGGUGGACUUAUCAGCGUGGUCGAAUGAGUCAAGAUGGUUAUAUUCCGUGUGAGGCGAGGCGAGGCGCUGAGGGCGGAAACACUUGAUGUGGUAGGCGAGAGCACGUAGCCGCUGUCGAAAUACGAGUAUGUAGGUGGCAGAUAAUGUCAAUGAAGCACAUUAACUAUACACUGCAUUAUAUAUAACUACCGGUAAGCUUUGGUUCAUAACGUAUAUAUGAGUACUGAUAUUUUUUUUUUUUUUUUUUUUUGUGUUUAGUGAAUUCGUGUUCAAAGUGUUGAGUCAGUUUUAUAAUAGAGGCUAAGAUGGAGGAGUAGUGAGGCAAGGAAGGUAGAAGGUCUGUAUUUGGGGAUCCUUAGUGCACCACACAAGAACUUGAGAACUUAAGGAGACUACAAAAGACCAGCUGACAUACACGAGGUGGAUCCUGAGCACGUGAAACUAACUUACCUUCUGUCAUCAUCAUCCGUAAGUGUAUAGAACCUCAGCUUGAGAACUAAUGUCUGUGCAGGACGGCGGUUCCCUUAGUGGCCUGGUAGUGAGGGAGGUGGAGGGAGGGAGGGAAGGACAGCAGACAAAAGACCUUGCUGCCUCAGACUGCAUUAUUUAGAAAUCACUUGCCUUCCCUUGCAUAGCGAACACAAACUGCUGCCCAGCCAGCCCCUGGUCACACACACACACACACACAUACACACUGAAGACAUAAUGUAGUUGCCAUGAAGGAAACUGUAAUGUUUGAAAUUAUCAUACAUGAGAAAAUAAAUAAAUAUACUUAUUUUCAAAAAACGUAGCAGUACCUCCAUCUGUCCUCCCUGGCAGCAACACACACACACACACACACACACACACACACACACACACACACACACACACACACACACACACACACACACACACACACACACACACACACACACCACCUCAACGUUUCUCUUCACUGGAUAUGAAUACCUACUCUGGAAGCAAGUAUAGUCCAGAGACACAUCCUGCGAGGAAAGACUGACCAAAUGCUGCAAAUAACUCCCCCCCUCAGGAAAAGCCCCUUUGAUCUCACCUCAGAAAACGUGAAUAAAUCUGCAGAGGGACGUUGCUCGCCUGUGUCUGCCUGUGUGGUGCGGGGCCUGCAGUCACCACCAGAGCCGAGGAGCACCGAGGAGUAGUGCCCGAGACCUUAGCACAAAUUUAUCUCUGCUCACCAAACUGAAGGAAGGAAAAGUUGCUGGACUGCACUUGGUGAAUUUCGGUGAACGUCUAGUCUGUCAGGCUCAGUUUAGAAGGUAAUGGUACACUUAAGUCAAAAAGUACGCAGGUCUUGCUUGAGUUCACGGUCGUGGUUAGAAGUCGAGUAGCAUUACGCAUUAGUUUCAACUGUGUUUUGAGUUUUCUCUCAAUCAUGAGUCCCCUGAUCCUCGGACUCUGUCUGUUGUUAUAGGGAGGCAGGUAGCAGGACUUGAGAGUUAGGACUUCUGAAAUGCUUUGGAUUCUGAAAUAAAAAAAGACUAUUUUCAAAGGCCACAGAGACGAUUAUCUGGGUUCUCACGGGUGUUUUAACUAAUUGAUGAAAUAGAGGCUCGUAUUCUUAAACUUUUUUUCUUUCAUAGGGAUUAUUUGUGAUAGCCACAAAGAUGGUUUAUCAGAUUCUCAUGAGUGUUUUUUUCCCUACUAAUGAUACACAAUCCUUGUUGAACUAUCCCCGGACACACACACACACACACACACACACACACACACACACACACACACACACACACACACACACACACACACACACACACACACACAUCCUUCAAGCCUCCAGUAACUUGCACCAAAACCGCCGUGACGUUUGAAAAUAUGGGCCUUCUAUAGAAUCCUUGUAAAACUAUCACUGGAGUCGUGAGAGAAAGGUAAACACACACACACACACACACACACACACACACACACACACACACACACACACACACACACACACACACACACACACACACACACACA